AUGUUCACCCAAGUGGUACUCAAAUUGUACCCAAAUGGCACCCAAAUGAUACCCCAAUGGCAAGCCCAUGAUAUCCAAAUGGUACUCAAAUGGUACCUAAAUGGUACCCAAAUGGCACGCCCAUGGUAUCCAAAUGGUACCCAGAUGGUACCUAAAUGGUACCCAAAUGGCACGCCCAUGGUAUCCAAAUGGUACCCAGAUGUUUUCGUGUUAAUCCUCAACCUCCAGCAUGACUCCAUGUUAUGCAGCGCGGGGGAACCUGGCUAUUUGGACUUCGACAACCUGCCGGAAACGAACUUUUCGUGUCAGGGGAAGGUGAUUGGUGGAUACUAUGCCGAUGUUGAAGCCGGAUGUCAGAUGUUCCAUGUCUGCACCAUCGGUCAGAAAGACUUGGUUUCAGACGAGAUUAUGGACAUAAAAUUCCUCUGUCUGAACGGAACCGUCUUCGAUCAGGAAACAAGGGUCUGUGAAAGGGUGGACGAGGUUGACUGUAGCAAGAGCGAGAGAUUCUACAACCUGAACCUGGAACUAUACGGCAACAAUGCGGUGACCCUAAGCUUGCACGAGAACAACGACGACGACAUCGACCCGUCGGAUUCUAUAGACGACCAUCAGCAACGCACCACGUCGAUACGACCCACCACGACAACCACGACGACCACCACCACCACGAAACCCAAUAAGCCAUCGACGACUCCAGGGUCCAGCUCCUUCUCGCACCCAACAGGCUAUCCCCAACACUUCCAGCCCCAACCACCGUUUCCCCAGGUCCACACCAGUCAGUCCAAGUCCCUGUACGAUGACAAGAAUGGUGGAUACCAUCACCAGUACAUCUUCCACAAUGGUGAGAGGAAUAAUAACCAGCAGGCUACCUCCUACCAGCUGUUCAGCAACCAGGGUGUUAGCUCGACGACUGUUCAACCACCCCAGGUCCAUCAGAUCCGAUUCAGCUCUACCUCCACCCCACAAAUUAUCCACAACGAACCCUCCACCGUGUCUCCCCUGUUCCAUGCUACUUCAUCAACUAUCCAAACGCUGUUGAGCAACAGCGCCAACAGCCCAGCUCUGAUAAAUCCUAUAUUCCAUAAUCACGGGAUCGCCAGCACCACGGAGCAGUUCACGUUGCAUAAUAAUAAUCCCAGGGAGACUUCAGAGUACCGCGAGAGUGACGAGCAGAAUAUAAGACCCCUGGAAGCUGUUCAGUCGACCAAUAAAGGAAAGGUUUCCAAGUUAACCAUCUCGCCGGUGCCAAUACCAUCGGAUCCACAACGAUCGGUGCAAACGAAGAUCAGUCACAGCUCCCAGCAGCAACGAAUUUCUGGGAACUUCUUGCCCACCCCAGCAACUGAUGAAACUACUGUUAGAUCGUUCUAUCCAACGCUGAGAAGCGUGUCGAAGCCAACGCAGUCCUCGCAGUCCACCAGCGAGCAGGUCACCCAGCACAUACACGUGCUGCCACCUGUGCCGGUUCCACAGCUGAAGCCUCAUCUAAUUACUAUCAACCUACCACCUCCAGACAUCCAGCGAAUCGUGCAGAAUCCGUCGCCUUUACUGCCGUCCCAGUCCAGGGUGAUAGUUACCGCUAAAGCUAGCGUUAGCGAUGAGUCAGGUAGACCCCUGAACACCACCCAGUUGGUCACUUUACCUCUGCCAACGAUUCCCGCGAGCUAUGAUGAUUAUAAAGAAGGGGACGAGUCGUUUGAUCCUUUCUACAGAGACGUUCCGAAGAUACGUAACGCCAGACGUGUCAGAGUUAGCAGGACGUCUUUGAGAGUAAAGAGAUCUCCCAGCCAGACGAAAAACUCCAUGGUGUCCUUCGUGUACGGGGGUAAUUCUCCUAAAAGACGCGAGGUCCAGGUGGUGGACAUCAGUGACAAGACCAGGAACAGGGAGAAUGUUGCCGUGGAUAAUGGCGCUAAGGACUUCAAAUCCAUCAAAGAGAGUCUAAUCAAGUUCAGAGAUAUCCUCUUCGGUGGGGAGUUCUCAGAGGACAGCAUUCGUAGUAUUUUCGAGGGAAGCAGUCUGCAAGAGAACAAAACUGAUGGGAAGGCAAGAGCCAAGGGUAAAUUGUCCUUGGAAGACCUGGAAGUGAAAGCUUCGAAGAACUUUAAGGUUAGGGAGUAUGAGGACACUGAAGACGAGUCAGACACGAAGGAAAGUAAAGUUGACGAUGAGUAUUCUGAAGAUCCUGAAAUCCCUGCUAAGUCGGAUACGAAGGAGUCGGAUGCUGAAGAGCAUAUUGAUCUUAAAGAUGAAAGGACUGAGUCUGACUUCAGCAGUUCCGAAGAUGAAGACUCGAACAGCGAAGCUGAGACUUCUAGCGAAGCUAAGGAAGAUAUACAAGAAAAAGACGUGUCGAGGGAAAGUGAAACUGAUGAUGAGAAACGUACGGAAGGCAAACGUGUUCUCGAUAUUGUCAUACUUGAUCCAAACGAGCACCUUAAAACGAAAUCCUCCUACCAGGAGAAUAUUGAAAUCGUCACUGAACAGGACACUGCAUCUACAGACAUUCCAAUACUCUCUACAACUGAACAGACCACCGAGUCCACAUCACCCACCAAUGAUGACCUAUUAAAAAAGCAUGACUCUAAAGAUUCAAAGGAAUGGGAUGAUAGGGCUGAAGUUGUUAAAUUGUCUCCAAUAGUUGAUGGAAAGGAAUUUGUGGAAGAUGUUGAUGAGGGUGAGCCAAGUAAAACGUCCAAGAAGGUUGAAGAUAAGGCAGAGAAGGUGACUGAGGAGGAAAAUAAGACAGAUAGACCCAAAGAACGAGCUGAGCGGAAGCCAAACGCAAAAAGGAAGAGCUCCAGAAUCAGAUCAUUUUCAGGGAAGAUAUCUUCAAGGAAGAAGGACCUGAAGAUUGACGAGACUGAAACACAAAAUGAUGAGCAUACAAAAUCAGUUACUGAAAAAGUUCUUGAAGAGAAGAUGCCGACCACGACACCAGUAGUGAAUUCUGAGAUCGAGCAGAUCGACAAGCACAUUUUCGAUGAACCAGAAUCACAGACGUCCAAAGAGAUAGACAUUAGAGCCGUGGGUCACCGCAGUGGUUAUGCAAAGAGUCAGCAAGGUGGGAAGGAUCAGAACACAGGGAAGGACAAUCGAAAAGGCGAUGUUAACGAGUACGAGGUUUUGGAAAAGCAGACAGAAGACUUGAAGAAAGAUGAAGAGAAAGACGACAAGCCAUUGGAAGUUGAGGAGCAAUCGACGAUUUCCUCGUUAAACAAUGAUGAAGCUACAAUUGAUGAGAAGUCGAGUGAAGAGUCAGAUUCUGUUGACGUGAUGAAUGACAAUCAUUCCGUGGAGGAGAAGAAUUAUUACAAAGACGAGUCUUCUAUCGAACACGAGAGCGCGGAAGAAGAAUCCGCUACAGUUGUCAGUAAGGAGGAUGCCAAGAAAGAUUCUGAAGAGACACCUGCAUCCCAUAACGUCAGAAAAAGCUCUAAACGAGGGAAGAGCAUAAAGUUCGAAGUGUCAUCCAAAGAUAAUGUCAGCCAUAAACGUAGAAAAUUCUCAGACGAAGAGGAAGUAGAGUCGCAGGAAUAUUCCACUAUUAAGAGCGAAGAAAUUAAUUCCCAUGAGGUGUCCGAGUAUCAUGAUUCUACGGAAGCCUUCGACGAAGGCAGUCAUGAAGUCAGCACAGAGAACGACUAUACACAAGACGAUUCGGCGACGUCCUCUGAGAAUAUUAAUUCGGAAGAUGUACCGUAUUCCAGGGAAGAGACUGUCGAAGAAAAGGAUGAAGACGAGUCAACCGCAAGUGAUCAGGAGGACAGCACAGAAGGGGUCCUGAAAUUCACCGACGAGCUACCUAAAGAGAAAAAGGAGGAGAUAUCAGACGGCAAGAAAUCAUCGGAGUCUGUUGAGAAUAUUGCCCACGAUUAUGUCGACGACAACUAUGAGCCAGAUAAUUACAAGGAACGUGAAUCGACGGACUCCAAUGAUCUGGAUAAUCAGAAAACGAACAAGAAAGUUGAAGCAGCUGGCGAGAGUGAAGAAAUGGAUGAAGCUACUGAGAAGUCUAAAGACUCUGGUAUAGAGAUCGAUUUGCAACAGACAACAACACCAACAACAACAUCCACUACUACAACAACUACUACAACAACAACCGUUCGUCCUACUCCUCCAAAGUUGUUCAAACCAAUUUCAGUUAGGAAGAGUUACAAUUACAUUCCUCCAACGACGACACCCAAUCCUGUCGUCAUCAAACCUAGGAGAUACUAUGACAGAGACACCAGUGACAAUGACAGAGACACCAGUGGCGAUGACAAAGGCACCAGUGACACUGACAACUGCACCAGUGACUAUUACAGAGAUACCAGUGACAAUGACAGACGUACCAGUGACAAUUACAAAGGCACCAAGGCUAGCAUAAGCGAUGAGAACGUGUUGGAAGUGAAACUGGACCACGAUCAGGUGAGAAGUCCUGCGAACGAGCCAAUGCAGAAAGACCAGUCCUCAGUCAAGAACAAGGGCGACCAGGAUUCAAGUUCCACUGAGCAGAAGUCCCCAAAUAAUGUAAAGAAGGAUGAGGAAGAUUUAAUCAAAACUACUGAGAACUUCACACCCUAUCCUCUAUCAAGACUAUCCACGCUUACCUCUGCCAUCCAAGAAACAGCGAAGGAGGUUUUGUCCACCAGUACAGAGAUGUCAACGACACCCAAGAACUUCACGCUGAUAGAAGUGGAAAUCCUCAGCACAACAGUCUCUCCGCUAGCUACCAUACCCAGUGAGCCUGAUCAGGAUGAAGCUACCACCAUCCAGACGAUGCCCGAAGAGGAAGUCUCGACUGAGUCUUCCACGAAGAUAAUUCCAACAGAGACCUCUGUGGUCACCGAGUCCACGACCCAGUCCACUACACCUUUAAGUCACGUUUCCACUUCCCAGGAGCCUGAAAAAGUGGUAUCGACGACCAUCAGGCCUCCUCAUCGCAAGCUAGCGAACCUCAGGAGGCAGGACACCUUCAAUUGCCUGGAGAAGGAGAUGUACCGUUUCUAUGGUGACAACAGGGACUGCAGGCUCUUCCACUAUUGCUCCCCUGGCUUCACCUCGAGGCAGGUCCUCGACUUCCGGUUUGUCUGCGAAGAGGGCACCACGUUCGACGAGGAGAGCCAGAGCUGCAAACACGACACACGCGGCAAAAAGUGUCUGAAUAGGCAAUGGUAA